UUGAAUUCUCUAUCGGAUCUAUGUAUAUAUAUAAUAUAUGAAAACUAAAAUUGAUUAUUGAGCAAGAAAACAAUGUUACGUUUUUGUCUAAUUGUUUCAAAUGGAACCGGAAGCACUGUGGUGCAUGGCGUGGUGAUGACUUACGCCUGACAUCUUUUAGUAAAGUGACGCCUCAGGUACCGGUACUCAGUAUCAAGAAAUCUCUAAUGGCCAGAAUGGUGCCGCGUAGAUGGAAACGUUUAUUCAUGUUUUUCGCUUUUUUCUGCAUCAUUCAUCUGAUCAUCAUAGGAACAUAUACAGCGAGAUCAAAGCGUUUCGAGAAGAAACCAAUCGCAGGUGCUUCAGCUAUGGUACACGAACACGAUACAACAAGUAAAUUUAUGACUACAUCGAUGUUUUCAAGUAAAGAUACCACAGUGAUACCUGUCAUCACAACUGCUACAACAGAAUUGACCACCACGGAGUCAAAGUCAAAUAUGACCGAAUGUGAGCUGCCAGGGAUUGUACGAAACGGUGUGCCUUGGCCAAACUGCCUUGAAAAGUACGGAUGGAUGACACAAAACUGGAAAAGCCAUAGUUGCUACGCAGAACAUGGAGUUAAUGGAGACCCAUGCACAAUUCUUCAGUAUUUGUCACAGGAGGAAAAACACUGCCCACCGGUUAAGACUAAAACAAGAAUACCGAAACUGGCGGAAUCCUAUGCGCAAGGCAUUGCAGCUGUACCGCGUGAAAGUUUUCAACAUCUAUAUAACGAAUUUUCCGACAUUGUCGAUUACGCUUGGAUGAAAAAUCGCAUCAAAAAUAUGGAGGAACUUUGGAUUCAAAAUUCGAAAGAACUGUUCAACGAACGGUCAACACCAACAGCUCGUAAAAGAAUACAUAUUCAUCUUGGAUUGAUGUCAUUGGGAAUUGGUAAAGACGCUUUUAAAGGUGGGCCACUAGGAGAACUCGUACAAUGGAGUGACUUGAUUGCUUCUUUGUUUAUAAUGGGGCACGAUAUUGUGGUUACAAAGACGAAGCCCGAGGUGACGUUUAUUUAUCAAGAUUACAUAAACGCCUGGGACGGAUCACCAUGUCCCCCAUUGGCUUCUAAUAAAGCAGCAAAGCCGCCAUUUGAUAUCAUAUAUUCUGACAUAAGAGGGUAUAAGGAAUGGCUGCACUUGCUUGGAGAAAGUAAGGCCCAGCCAUUGAAAUGUCGAGUUAGAAUUGUUGACAGUUUUGGUACGGAGGCAAUGUUUAAUCACCCGCCGUACAGAGAGGCAAAAAAACUUCCAAAAUCGCAAUACAGUGGUAUAAAUCUGAACCUCAUGCAAUUUAAUGUUAUGUUUCCACACACUCCCGAUAAUACAUUUCUGGGUUUCGUUACUGAAUUUGCAAAGACGAGAGAAAGCAUUAUGAAUGUAAAUGCAUCGGAUUCUAAUGAGAGAAAUAUUGCGCUGAUUUACGGUAAACUAGAAAACUUUUGGAAAGAUAAAGAAAAAUACAUUGAUAUAAUCAGCGAAUAUGUUUCUGAAGUACAUGCCACCGUGCAUGAGCCAAAAAAUUUGCGACCUUAUAUUAUAAAUCACGGAAUUGUCGGCCGUGCUGAAUUAAAUAAACUAUUGGCCAGGACUAAAAUAUUCGUUGGGUUGGGAUUUCCUUUCGAAGGCCCUGCACCAUUGGAAGCAAUACAAAAAGGUGCUAUUUUUCUUAAUCCUUACUUUUCUACCCCCAUUUCUUUCUUGAACCAUGACUUUUAUAAACUAAAGCCUACAAAGCGAGCUAUAUCUUCGCAGAAUCCAUACGCAGAGAAAUUCAUUGGCAAACCUCAUGUUUACACUGUGAAUAUAGAAGACGAAACCGCCUUGCGCGCUGCCUUGUCAGAAAUAAUGAAUUCAUCCCAUCCUGGAAAUUAUUUAGCAUACGAGUUUUCUGUUCGAGGGAUGCUUGAACGAGUAAGUGUGCAAAUUGAUAGACAGCAGUUCUGUGUGAACGUGCCUUAUCCUCCGGAUCUCGAAGAAAAACUGCGUUGGCCACCCUUGUCAGCGUUACGCACACGAGUUUCCACGCAUUCGAAAUGGCAGAGUUGCAAUGAGGUUUGCGACGAAGAAGGCCUGAUAUGCGAACCUAGCUUCUUUCCUAUUCUUAACCGAAAAGAAGCUUUUGGAGCGUUGGGUUUUAUAUGCAAUUCUACUAUGCAUCUACAAACUCAAGAGUUGGAUUACCCGGCAUAUGAUAAAAAUAAUGGUAUAUGUUAUUUACAAUCUAAUUCCUAUCUAUUCAGCUGUGCCGGUAAUUAUUUAAAUAUGCAACGAAUUUGUCCUUGUAGAGACUUCAGAAAAGGCCAAAUUGCGUUAUGCAGAGAUUGUGGUUUAAAGUGAAUUUUUAUCGCGACUAUACUGUGUCAGUUACAAAUUCAUUAAUAUAACUAAAAUAUCUUAUUGUUUCUAAAUUUUGUUUUAGUUCGUUUCCAAAUCUUUGCACUUUGUAAAAGCAAUUGCAUUUUAUGAUUGCGUCUGCUGCCUAGCUAAAGCACUUCUAAUAACACAAUUGUUACUGUUUCAUUGUGAUUAAAAGGUAAACAACGGCUGUAAGAAAAUAUGUAAAAAAUAUUUUCUUUCUCUUGAGAUGGUAUUUGUAUUUUACUCUAAUUGAUCUGAUUAACAUUAAAAAAAAAGCCACUGUUUAGUUUUAGGUUCCGGCUCAUGCAAUGUCUAAAAGCAAUUUAUUCGUCUUCACAUGUCCUGUUUCCAACUUCAACCUUAUAAAUGUCUGCUCUAAUUUUUUGCACUGUUGCGUUUUUUGCACUGUUUUUGAUAAAGCGAUAUCAUGCGUAAAGUAUUUUCUGUAUUCUUUCAUUAUUAAUAUACUUUCUUUAAAAUGAUCACAUUGCUUUUUACAAAAUAGUGCGAUCAAAUCUACUACGUGAUAAGCUGAGCCCCGGCAAUGAUAUGCGGUGUUGGGACGAAGCCCCUAAAUCCCAAAUAACUAGUCUGGUCGAGUCAUGGCCUAUCUGAGUCUGUAGUCGAGUCAAUCUAUGAUAUGAACAUCAAUUACUUGAUUGGCUGAGCACGAUUCCAGGUCACUUUUAGAUGACCCACUUUGAGUCUUU